UUGUCUCAGCUUUGUUUGCUUAAUGGGCUUGCCUCCUGUUUGAUCUGCAAUUGUGCGGCCAGCUCCUGUAAUUUUCAGUGUUGCUUGUUGCUUGUUCACACUGGGAGCUACAAAUAGGUCAGGAGUUGCCCUGGGGAGCUCCCGCUGCUGUUGGCUGGAUGGAGGGCAGAUGGAGCGCUAGACACGGGCAAUUCUCAACACCCACCUGCCGCGCUUCCCAGAACGAUUAGUUGGAGGCAGCCUUUUCAAGCGCUUCUGAAAUCUCUGCUUGGAGGGACGGUGUGGAACGAUAGACACAGAGAGUUGCAAGUGUCACAGAGAAGAAUAAUCUUCAUCAGCCCGGUGGUCAUCAAGGAUAUGAACUCUGCUGUUGUUAUCUAGAUGGAUGAAAAGGUUAACAGCCCAGAAGGGGAGCCUCUUUGGUUUUUAAGAUGGCAGCAACUGGUGGUGAAAGCCAACUGCAGCGGAUUAUUAGGGACUUGCAAGAUUCUGUUUCUGAAUUAAGUAAAGAAUUUAAAGAAGGAGGGGAGCCGAUCACAGAUGACAGUGUCAACUUGCAAAAAUUCUCCUACAAGCUUGAGUAUCUUCUACAGUUUGACCAGAAAGAAAAAAGCACAUUGCUGGGGAACAGAAAAGACUACUGGGAUUAUUUCUGUGACUGUCUGGCAAAAGUAAAAGGAGCUAAUGAUGGAAUCCGCUUUGUCAAGUCUAUUACAGAACUACGAACAUCUCUUGGGAAAGGAAGAGCAUUUCUACGUUACUCUCUGGUUCACCAAAGGCUAGCAGACACCUUGCAGCAAUGUUUUAUGAACACCAAGGUGACCAGUGACUGGUACUAUGCAAGAAGUCCAUUUCUGAAUUCCAAAAUGAGUUCUGACAUUGUGGGUCAGUUGUACGAGCUCACUGAUGUUCAGUUUGACUUGGCAUCACGAGGCUACGAUUUAGAUGCUGCUUGGCCAGCAUUUGCCAGGAGGACAUUGUCCUCGCUUGGAUCUUCAGCAUAUUUAUGGAAGCCCCCAAGUCGCAGCUCCAGCAUGAGCAGUUUAGUGAGCAAUUAUUUGCAGGCUCAAGAGUUUCCCUCCAGCCCUGAUGCAAAUAACUCAAUAAAUGUUGAACACCUUGAGGGCUUUGAAGAGAUGCGUGUAGAACUUGACCAGGCUGAACUGAGGCAGAGAGAACUUCAGGGUCGUAUUCACCAGUUAGAAAUAGAAAACCAGGAGCUCCAGGCAGCUGUCAGUUUUCACAAAGAACAAGUACAGUUGGAAAAGGAGAAGAGCAAUAACUACAGCGAGGAGAACUCCCGGCUGUCAAAGAUGAUCACAGAGUUACAGAAGCAGUGUGAGGUCUCACACUCCACUCAGAGCACUGUUCAUGACCUGCAGAAGUGCCUGCAUUCACUGGAACUGAAUGCCAUGGAGCAGCAGAAGGAAUAUUCAACAAAGCUGGAGCAGUUGGCAAACAGCAAGGAGGACUGUGCCUCAAAGCUGCAGGAGUUGAAUCAGGAGUUGGAGGCCUCUAGGGCUUUAGUUAGCAUGAAGGAGCUUUGCAUCGAUGAGCUUAAAGCAAAGCUAAGUUUUGCAGAACAGAAGAACCUCGACCUCCUUGCAAAAGUUGAUGCUGCCUUGGAGGAAAAAGGACAGCAAGCCACAGCCCAAUGUGACUCUGCCCUACAGAUCCAGGCAUUGUUAGAGAAGCUUCAGCAGGCAGAAAAGGAAAAGGUAGAUAUGCAAAGACUCAGUGAUGAACAUGCAUCUCAGCUGAAAGCCGCAAGAGAAGAGUUACAGCUGAAAGAAGAAGCACAGAGGGAACUGGAGUCCAGAUACAAUCGCCUCACUGCUGACUCUAAAGAAGAGAGUGAAAGGCUGCUCGGGAGCCUGGAAACCAUGGCAAAGGAAAUGGAUGCACUUCAGAAGACCCUGACCCUGAAAGGAAAGGAGAUGGCUGAGCUCCAGACCCAGGUAAUGGGGUCGCUGGCUCAGGUGGGGUCACUGGAAAAAAAUCUUGAUGAGGAAAGGAAAGAAAAAGAGAAACUUGAGGAGGAGUAUGGUAAGAGGGAAAGAGCACUGAAGGAGGAAACCCAGUCACAAGCAGAACAACUUGAGCUACAGGAGAGUCGCUUAACAAAGGUGAGUCAGACUGUGUGUAGCCUUGAGGAGGAAAAGCAGAAACUCUUGUCUGAGAAAGAGCAUCUCAGCCAGAAAGUCAAGGAGCUGGAGGAGCAGAUAGAGCAGCAAAACUUUGCGGUGAACAAAAUGGGUGAGGAGAGUAGGAAGGUGAAAGCCGAAAAUGCAGAUUUGCAGCAGUCCAAGGAGAAGAUGGAAGGGAAGCUGAAAAAUAUGGAAGACUCUAAAGCAUCUCUAGAAGCUGAGGUGGCCAGGCUGAAAGCCUCUGAGAAACAGCUUCAGAGUGAGAUUGACGAUGCCCUAGUGUCAGUCGAUGAAAAAGAGAAGAAGCUCCGGAGCCAGAACAAACAGCUGGAUGAAGACUUGCAGAAUUCCAGGAGACAAAGCCAAAUUCUGGAGGAGAGAUUGGAGGCUCUGCACUCAGACUAUAAAGAACUAAAGGAAAGAGAAGAGACCACCAAGGAGUCUUAUGCCUUACUUGAAGGACAGCUGAAGAGUGCCAAAGAACACGGUUUACAAAUGGAAAAAAGCUUAGGCACCUUGAAGGAAAGCAAAGAGUCACUCCAGUCACAGCUCACAGAGAGGGAAGUAGAACUGCGAGGCAUGGAGAGCCAGUGUGAGCAGCUAAGAGCAGAAGCUGAAAGACAUAGGAAGAAAGCAGAGAUUCUCGAGGUAGAAAAGCUCAGCGUUGAAAAUACAUGCCUCCAACAGACAAAGCUUAUUGAAUCCCUCACCUCAGAAAAGGAGUCAGUGGAGAAACACCAACUACAGCAAGCAGCUUCUCUGGAGAAGGAGGCAAAAGAGCUGGCCUCCAGGCUGAUCAUAAGCGAAGAGCAGCUUCAGGUCAACCGAGAUGAGGUGUCUAGGCUGCAAGCAGAAGUCCUUGACCUGCGAGUCAAGCUUCAACAGACCACUGAUGAGAGAGAGCAGGUGAAAAGUGAGUUGGCAAUCACAGAGACUGGCUUAGGGGAGCAGAAGGUGCUUGUCCAGCAGCUGAAAGAGCAAAGUGAAUCCCUCAACAGAAACCAUGUGCAAGAAUUGAUGCAAUGCAAAGAAAGAGAAGAAGUACUGAAAAAAGAGCAGGAGACAGUAGCCCAUCAAAAAGCUGAGCUGGAGAAUAAUUUGCUGACCCUGAAGGAAGAGCUGUUCAAGGUUAAGCAGUACUUGGACGUUGCUAGAAUGGAAAAUGAAGAAAACAAAGAUCUCCUCCACAGGACCAACACAGAUAUGGCUGAACUUGGUAUUCAGAUUUGUGCCUUGACCUCGGAAAAGGUGCUUGCAGAAGAGCAAUUAGCCGAGGCCACAAAGAGGCUCAAAGAACUGGAAGAACAGGCAGCAGCACAACAGGAAAGCCUGGAGCAUGACAUCUCUGAUCUCAGACAGGAGAACAAGAGCCUGCAAGAGAAACUAGAGGAGGCUCAGACACAUGCUGCAGCUGUCCCAAGUCUGCAAACACAGCUGGAGACAGCAAAGAAACAAGCACAGAGCUUCCAAGAGACCAGCCAAGAAGAGCUAUCUGCAAUGAAAUUUCAAAUGAGCACAGAAAUUCUAAAUUAUCAGACAAAAUUCAAGGCUGCCAGUGAAGAAUGUGAGAAAGCAAGACAGCAACUUGAGGAGCAGAAGCGACAACAGCAUGCUGCAGAGGAAGAGAUUGCAGAUUUACAAGCUGAGAACACAAGUUUGUCUAGAAAGCUGGAUGAAGUAAGAGAGCAGCUGUCUGAAUCAGAAUCUGCUCGGCUGCAGAAGGAAGAGGAGGUGAUGUCUCUGAGAGAACUCUUGGAAAGGACCCAAAAGGAAGCUGAUGAAGCAAGAGAGCAGGCCCUGGAUUACAGUGAGAAGCUCAGCAAGGUGGCAGCAGACAAAGACAGCAGUGACCAGAAACUGUUUGCUGAGCUGGAUGACCUGACAAGAACAAAACAGUUCCUUGAAGAACGCUUAAUAGAACUUAUCAGAGAUAAGGAUGCUUUGUGGCAAAAAUCAGAUGCUCUCGAGUUCCAGCAGAAGCUUAGUGCAGAGCAAAGGUGGCAGGGGGACACAGAGGUUAACCAUUGCCUGGACUGCCAGAGAGAGUUCUCAUGGAUGGUGCGUCGACACCACUGCAGAAUGUGUGGUCGCAUUUUCUGCUACUAUUGCUGCAACAACUACAUGGUGACAAAACCCGGUGGGAAAAAGGAGCGUUGCUGCAGAGCUUGUUUUAGUAAGCCCAGAGUGAUCGUGGACAAUGCAGAUGAUUCUGGAUCCAGUGCCAACCAGGAAGAAUCCCCAGGCUCAUUGGAAUCACCACUGUCUCCAGAAGAGAGGGCUUUUGUUGCAAGUGAAGCCUCUAAACCACCAGAUGAUGCAGCAUUUGAUAUAAUCACUGAUGAGGAGUUGUGCCAAGUACAAGAAUCAGACUCACUCCACAGUGAAAGUCAGAUGGAGAGAGACUCUCUGGAUCAAAGCGUGACAGAUCUCCGUGUAAUUCAUAGUCGCUGUUACUCCAGUGUGUACUCGGAGCAGGCACACUUUUUGAGAAACAGCACAUGCAAUUCUUCAACCUAUGAUGAAUCAGAAGAGUGGCAAGUUGCUCAAGAUGCUGAGAUAAGCUUGUUGAAGUCAGGAGAAAUCAUGAUCAAGCUACCCCUUACAGUGGAGGAGAUCUUAAAUUUUGGGGAAGGCAACAGAGAGCUGUUCAUUAAAUCCAGCACUUACAGUAUCAUUCCCAUCACCAUUACAGAGGUGGGGCUAACAAUUAGCUGGAUAUUUUCAUCAGACCCUAAAAGCAUCUCCUUCAGUGUUGUCUACCAAGAGUCUGAAGACACACCACUGGAUCAGUACAAAGUUCUUAUUCCAAUGACCCGCUGCAAUUCUCACAAGGAAACUAUCAGAGGACAGGUGAAAGUCAGAAACUCCGGAAUCUACACGCUGAUAUUUGACAACACAUUCUCCAGAUUUAUCUCAAAAAGAGUGUUUUAUCACUUGACUGUUGAGCGACCUGUCAUCUAUGAUGGAAGUGAUUUUCCAUAGCCUUGAAUAUACUGUGUUAUUUUUAAUUAAUUUUUUAAGAAAUGCUAUUAUUUAUGUACAUGUAAGCAUUAUGAUGACCACUGUUUGAAGAUUUUGAAACUAUGCAAUAGUUAUGAUGCACUUAGAGAACAUGUAUACAUUAGAAGAACAAAGCCUUUUUAGGAACACUAAUGGUUCUGUACUGUGUACAGAUUGCUCAAAAGCCAUGUUGUUUGAUUUAGCAGGUCAAGUAAUGUUCCAACCGUUUUAUUAGUUUUUUUUCGGUGGGGAGAAAAAUAAUUGUGGAGGCGUCUAAAUGCAAACUGAAAUUCUCUACUGAAGAUUGAAUGACUUUUCUUCCAAAAAUAUCCUUCAAAAGGAAAUUUAAAGAAAAAAGUGUAUUUUUGUUCACCUCUUCACCGAGGAGUAAACAUAACCAUUUCUGUUCUGCUCUACUGCUCUUACAGUCGGAACAACAACUAUGCAAUACUCCAGUCUUCACAGGCAUAUAUUGUAAUCCAUCUAGAAUUUUUUAUCUUUUUUCAAUUUUUAUAAACAGCAAAUGUAGAAGUUUUUUACAUAUUGCACUAAGAUUUGGUAAGUCUUAACUGGCUUUUAUAAAUGCUUUGGUAUUGCAUACCAGUUACAAAGCAAUAAAACACGAAGCAGCAAUUCCUUUCACUUUUGCUCACCAUACUCUGUAAGUUGUUCCACUGAAAUCAGCUCUUGUGGUGAGUACCAGGGGCAGAAUCAGGGGCAUAAUUUGUAGAGUAAAGUACUGCUCACUGUGUGACACUAGAAAGAGGAGCAUUCCUUUUUCCUGCUUUAGCACCUUAGUCAUCACAUUCACGUGAAAGCACAGUCUCUGAGGAGGCCAGCGCUGCUCUCUAGACUGAGUGGAAGGUAGCAGUAAUGGUUGAAUCAGUCUCAAAAAGUCCAUCUGACAGUGAAUGCACAGCCAGCCCUAAUGAGCUCUCCAUGGGGGAUCUGAUUCUACAACAAUACAGCGGUUGUUUUAAAGUAGAGAUUCACCAUACAAGUGUUUGACAUUUACACUG